AUGAGUGUUUAUUCGAAGAUUCAUAAGAAGAAGAUAUUGAUAGAAACUCUAUCCCAACUCCUCGUAGAUGGAUCAACAGAGAUCGAGAAGCAGGACAAUAUCGCUUUUUCCAAGAUUGCAGAUGAACAAGUGUAUAAUGCUGACAUUUUCCGACAGAGAUUUCAAAUGAGAAGACAUGUGUUCCUUCGGAUAGUAGACACUCUCUCAAACAGCACUAUAAUUGAAUGCUUGAAAAAAUUUGUUGAAGGUGUCAUUUCGGUGUUUAAGGAUGUAUACUUGCGGAAACCAAAUCCGAAUGAUGUACGACGCCUGCUACAAAUGGCGGAGGGUCGUGGCUUUCCUGGCAUAUUAGGUAGCAUUGACUGCAUGCAUUGGUAA